AGGGUUGGGGGUUUGUGCAGUUGACAGGCAGGGUGUACCUUCACGCUGGGUGGUGUAAGCAAGGUAUGGUGAGACUGGGUGGUGUAGGCGAGGUAUGGUGAGACUGGGUGGUGUAAUCAGACUGGGGGGUGUAAGACUGGUUUCAGUCAGGGUGUUUGUCUUCGCUAUAGAACAGGUGUAGUAAAACUGCGUGGUAUACAGUUGACAGGCAGGGUGUACCUCCUCACUGGGUGUUAUAGGCCGGAAGAUAGGUAGGCAAGGUGAAGAGAGACUGGCUGGUGUAAUGACACUUUGAGUGGAGUCCAAUAUGCGGACUUCCCUCCUCCCUUGCUCACUUGCCUGCUUGUGAUCUCAUGAUGAUGUCACUGACAACGGAAAAUGAAUUCAAUAUCUUGCAAAAGCGCAAUUGUAAAGUCAUUUUCUCAUUUGCAAACUGGAUGAUGAAUGAAGAAUAGUCCCCCAAAAAUUAUUUUGGCUAGGCUGACAGCUGGGAAACUUUAUUGUUUUCUCCACGGAGGAGGGGCCAGGAGGCGGGGCGAGGCCACAAGCACAAGUGGAGGAAGCAAGGUCACAUAUUGGGAUGCACCCUUGGUUGCGUAGUCAGCGAUGUGUACUUCCUCACUGGGUGUUGUAGGCAGGCAGAUGGGUGAAGGUGUAGUGAGACUAGGUGACAUAGGCUGGGAGGAUGUAGUGAGAGUGGAUGGUGUAUGCAGGCAAUGUGUGGACCCUUGCUGGGUGAUGAAGGCAAGCAGGCUGUAGUGAGACUACGUGAUGUAGACAGGCAAUGUGUAGCCCCCCAGUGAUGGCCUUCCUGCAUAUUCCCAUGAGAUCUCUCACAGCUGGACACUCGAGGUCGAGGACCUCAUCCUCAUCCUCCUCCUCUUCCCGCGGUUUCUGGACUACAGGCCGCCGUAAGGGCCGAAAAGCACUACCCUGCGUUGACCAGCAAGAAACAGAAGAGGGGACGAGCAAGGCUAUCUGUCAUUGUCACUCACAAAAUGGACGUGAGCAAAAGCAACCACCUCCAUACAGCCCCAGUCACUCCAUGUCCACGUGUGAGGCAGAAACAGGAUUUGUUCCAAGUGUUCAGGACUUCGACAAGAAGCUCGCUGAGGCUGACGCCUACCUGCAGAUUCUCAUCGAUCAGAUCAAGCUCUUUGAUGAAAAAAUAAAGGACUGCAAAGAAGAUGAGUCACGCAGAAAAAUUGAGAACCUAAAGGAGACCACAUGUAGUAUGGUGGAGUCCAUCAAACACUGCAUCGUACUGCUUCAAAUUGCCAAGGAUCGAAGUAAUGAUCAGCAGCACGCAAACGGACUGAUAAGCACCAUAAACCCAGUGGAUGGGAUAUUCCAGCCCAGCCCUCUGGACUCAGCUGUCAUCAACGCCAUGCCAACACAGACCAGCCUCCCCACAGAUGGAGCCCAGUCGUGUAAGUCCGAGCAGAGGCCAUCCUCGUUACCCGUGGGGCCGGUAGCCACGGUGAUGGGCAGCCUACAGACACCCACGCCUAAUAGCACAGGGAGCGUGCCGUCUGCAGGCAGCAGUAGCGUGGCGUCUCCGGCCCACAUGACCCUGCCGGCCCACAGCGUUCCAGACUUCUCCUACUCCAGCAGCGAGGACGAGUUCUACGAUGCCGACGAGUUCUAUCUGAGCACCACGUCUCCUAAACACGCCUCAGAUGCCGCAGUGUCUAUGCCUGGUGGUGAUGGCUCCUCACUGAAGAGGCCAGACACCAACGAGUCCCUCAACUCAUCCAUGUCCAACGGCACCACAGACGCAGACCAGUUUGACAGUCAUGAUGAGCGUGAUGAUCUGGAUGAAGGGGAGUCUGUGGAGGAGCACAAGAGUGUCAUCAUGCACCUGCUGUCUCAAGUACGCCUGGGCAUGGACCUCACCAAGGUCGUGUUGCCCACGUUUAUUCUGGAGAGGAGGUCUCUGCUAGAGAUGUAUGCAGACUUCUUCGCUCAUCCCGACCUCUUUGUCAGCAUAGCGGAGCAGCUGGACCCUCGAGACCGCAUGGUGUACGUGGUGAAGUGGUACAUGUCUGCCUUCCACGCGGGACGCAAGGGCUCAGUGGCCAAGAAGCCGUACAACCCCAUACUGGGGGAGGUCUUCUACUGUCACUGGGACCUGCCUUCAGAGUCAGAGGACCCUGCAGCUGCAGAGCCGGUGUCGGAGGGCCCAGUGCCGACGUGUGGGGGCAACAGUGUGUCAUUUGUGGCAGAGCAGGUCUCUCACCACCCCCCCAUAUCUGCCUUCUAUGCGGAGUGUGUCAGCCGGAAGAUCCAGUUCAAUGCUCACAUCUGGACCAAGUCCAAGUUCCUGGGCAUGUCUAUCGGGGUGCACAACAUCGGCCAGGGUUGUGUAUCGUGUCUGGAACAUGAUGAGCACUACAUCCUCACCUUCCCCAACGGAUAUGGCAGGUCGAUCCUGACGGUGCCGUGGGUGGAGCUGGGUGGCGAGUGCAACAUCAACUGCUCCAAGACGGGCUACAGUGCCAACAUCGUGUUCCACACCAAGCCCUUCUACGGCGGCAAGAAGCACCGCAUCACUGCCGAGAUCUUCGCCCCUAACGACAAGAAGUCCUUCUGCUCCAUCGAGGGAGAGUGGAACGGAGUGAUGUACGCCAAAUGGGCUUCAGGGGAGAACAACAUCUUCAUUGACACCAGGAGUAUGAGCACCAUCAAGAAGAAGGUGCGCAAACUAGAGGACCAACUGGAGUAUGAAUCACGCAGCCUCUGGAAAGACGUGACCUUGAACCUGAAGCUGAGGGACAUUGACGCGGCGACGGACGCCAAGCACCGGCUGGAGGAGCGCCAGCGUGCAGAGGCCCGGGAGAGGAAAGAGAAUGAGACGCAGUGGGAGACCAGGCUGUUCCACGAGGACGGUGAGUGCUGGGUGUACGAUGACCCCCUUCUCAAGAGGAUGGCAUCACGGCACUGAAGCCAGAGGCCGGCCCUCAUCCAUCUCCAGCCUUGACCCACCCUAACCCCCCCACCCCCUCCAGCACACCCCAGAGUCUUUCCAGGAACUCUACUCUACCCCCCCUAUCACCAACCUCUUCUCUCAUCUGAGCUUUGGAAUGAUUGACUGGCCUUUCGAUGUGUACACACAUACAGCUUUGCAUUUUUGAACUUAGAAGAGAAAAAAAACGAACAAAAAAAAACACGGAAUGAUCUAACUAGUGAAAUCAGAAGAGCGUCAGAUGAAUGAUGGUAAUGACGACGACGACGAUGAAGAAAAAGAUGUGUAACACAAGUUGUUGCCAAACCCCCCCAUCUUGCUCUCCACCUCCACCUUUUAAAAAUACUGUAACCCCCCUCCUCCUGAAUGAUGAUGGAAUACUACAGUAAAGGAGACACUCUUCAGACACAAAACUCACAAAACAAUAUGAGGCCCUUCAGCAACACGGAUGGCACCUGACCUGACGUCACCGGAUGGGGUGCAACCAUCACCACACACACACACGCACACACACACACACACACACACACACACACACACACACACACACACACACACACACACACACACACACACACACACACACACACACACGGCUCUAUCCAUCCUGUGUAAAGAGGAGUGAGCGAGUCUGUGCUGCUCGGUUAAAAAAUGAAAACAAAUCAACCAACCCUUGAUCUCCACAGCAUUGUGCAUCUCAGGGAAGCCGGUUACUGAGGAUCGAAGGCUGUCUCUCCCGAACACAAACUGAAGGCCUUAUAAUUCACCCUGGCAAACACCCUGGCAACGAGGGGGACAUCUUAGCUUGCCUACAGCUGUCUGCAACUAUUUAUAUUAUAUAUAUUUAGAAACAUAUGAAAUAUAUUCUUUUUUUAUUUCCUUUUCUUUUGUCUUUCUUUCUUGCGGGCAAUAGUAUGUUUUGAAAAAAAAAAACAUGAACUUGAAAACCUUACACGUUCACAUUGACCAUUCCAUUCACUUCCUACAUUUAUUUUUAUUUUUCUCAUUUUGGAGGAAAACGAUCACGUAUAUGCCCCUGGUUCCUCUGUGGAAGACCCUGUAGAAGUACUAUAUGACCAGGGUGAGAGGCAUAGGCCCUGACAGCAAGCUUGCCUCCCUACGAGGGACGGAGAAGGGGACUCGACGUCACGCCCAUGCAAACCAGGCUGGCGUUCAUGAACAAAUUGUGGGCUUUGUGUUCAUCUGUUCAUCUGUCUCACAUUCUGCUUGUCCUUUCUCCCUUUCCCUUCAUCCAGCGUCUGAUUGAAUAACUGUCUCUCAGCCUCAUUCAGUGAGACAUACUUUUCUAGAAUGCUGCUCGAGUUCCGGAAUUCAGCUGUAGUCAUCAUGGGCACGUAGCUUAUAGAUCCAGUCGGCACGUCUGGCCUGUGCAGCGCGAAGCUGCUUGUUUUCCCCCUCCAUAUACUCCACCCACUGGGCGAGCCUGACGUGCCGACUGGCAGUGAUUGGCACCGUACGACCAGCGGGCUGGAGUAUAUGGAGGGGGAAAAUGGGCAGCUUCACUGGGCGGGCCAGGCAUGCUGACAGGAUCUAUGGUGACUACAGUAUUGUCUGAUAGAAGAGCAUUAUCAUGAACUAGUGUUCGCCAUGUAUUCGACUUUACCUGCUCCUGCAAGACUACACCUGACUUUUCGAAACACAUCGGUUAGAUGUCAAUUUUUAUUUUAGUGCAGAAAAAUAAACACAAGGUUUACAAAUCAGUGCAUUACUUUGGUGUGAUUGCAAAUAUGAGUCCUUGUAGGGGUUGGCAUCAUGAUGGGAUCAUCUGUCUUUGAAAUGCAUUUUGUGAGAUGUAUUUGCACAUGUAUAGACAUCAAUGAAUAAUGUGAUGAAGCCGUUGUCAUUAUUGUGUGGACUGUGAUCCACGGUGGCAGGAAUUGUGCAUUAAUUAAUAAAAGAUGGACAUGACACGGGCACGUUCUGCAUAGGAUGAACCUCCCUUAGCCGACAAGAUGGUGGCUGGUGGAUCACUGUGGACUCUGCUCACAAAAAGCCAUUUUGAUUUUUAUUUCAUGUUUGUCGUAGAAGAAAAUGAGGCCUUGCCAUAUGCAUUUCACACACACACAAACAAACAAACACACACCAUUGCUUGGGAGAGAGCAAUCCUCACACACACACACACAUGUUCAUAUUCCUCCCCAAAUCAUAAACGUUGAUUGUACUAUUUUUUUUCUCUCAUUUAUUGAUGCAUAAUAUUAAAGCUCAGUGAGUUUAA